AUUACCAAAAAUGAUACCACGUAUAUACGUAUAUUCUUUUGUAUAUACACAAAUAAUAUCCACAUUUUGCAGCUUGUAGCUUUGUCUUCCUAAUCAAAAGGCAACAGAGCAGUUGGUGAAAAGAGAAAGAUAUGGUUUUCACUGAGAAGAAAGAAACAUUGGUGAAAGACUCGUGGGAGCUACUGAAGCUUGACAUUCCUCAACACAGCCUUCGUUUCUUCUCCCUGAUUCUUGAGAUUGCACCGGCUGCCAAGAACAUGUUCUCAUUUCUAAGAGACUCCGAUGAAUUUCCUCAGAAUAAUCCAAAGCUCAAGGCUCAUGCUGUUAAGGUUUUCAAAAUGACAUGUGAAUCAGCCAUUCAGCUAAGGGAAAAGGGAGAGGUGGUAGUGCCUGAAACAAGUUUGAAGCAUUUAGGAUCUGUUCAUCUUAAAAAUGGAGUCAUCCCUCUCCAUUUUGAGGUGGUGAAAGAAGCACUACUGAGAACAAUCAAAGAAGCAAGUGGAGAGAAAUGGAGUGAUGAGAUUGGUUGUGCUUGGGGUGAAGCCUAUGACCAGUUGGCUUCUGCUAUCAAAGAUGAGAUUGCCAAGGAAGAGGCUGCUUCAAAGCUACCUUCAAACUCUAGCUAAUGAAACAAUUACUGAUCAUGAUGAUGAUCUACUUGAAAUUUGUAUUAAUCAUGUAUAUCUGUAUUCGUUUCCAUAUGCAAGUGACCUAAUUAAUGUAUUAAUGUACAUCAGAAA